AGAGUUCCCGGAUAGCUAUCCCAUGGCCGUUCGUCGCCUGCAGUGCUUGGAGCGUAAGUUAUCAAAAACGCCAUUGUUGAAGAAUCGAGUUCGUGAGCUAAUCGCCGAGUACCUGCAGAAAGGUUAUGCGCACAUGGCGACCGAUUUGGAACUGAAAACAGCGGACCACAAACGUAUGUGGUUUCUGCCGUUAGGAGUCGUCAUUCAUCCCAAAAAACCAAACAAGGUGCGACUGGUGUGGGAUGCAGCGGCGAUGGUGAAUGGCGUCUCCUUCAACUCUAAACUUCUAAAGGGUCCCGAUUUACUGACUCCCCUGCCGUCAGUCCUUAGCAGCUUUCGCCAAUUCCCCAUCGCGGUGUGCGGUGACAUCAAAGAGAUGUUUCACCAGCUCUCGAUCCGUAAGGAAGACCGCUUGGCGCAGUGUUUCCUCUGGCGAAACAAUUCAACGGAACCAAUCCAGGUUUACAUAAUGGACGUAGCAACAUUUGGAGCGACUUGUUCUCCCGCUGCUGCACAGUACGUCAAAAACCUUAAUGCACGAGAGUUUGCUGAAGUCUACCCACGUGCAGCCGCCGCGAUUGAAAAAAAACAUUACGUGGACGAUUACUUGGAUAGUUUUCGGAGCGUCGAGGAGGCAGCAGCUGUGGUGAAGGAGGUUACACUAGUCCACUCGCUGGGGGGAUUCGAAAUUCGCGGGUUUCGCUCGAAUUCAACAGACCUUCUUCAUGAAAUUGGAGAAUCGGCAGCUGAUGAGCCGAAGAACUUAAUGUUGGAGAGGAGUACAAUUACUGAAUCCGUGCUUGGAAUGUCAUGGAACCCUGCGGAUGAUUGUUUCUCAUAUUCCUUCAACCUACGAGACGAUAUAUGCCCAAUACUCGAUGAAGCUCAUGUUCCUACUAAACGAGAAGUCCUCAAGGUAGUUAUGAGUCUUUUCGAUCCACUUGGACUGAUCUCCCAUUUCCUAGUCCACGGGAAAGUAAUCAUUCAAGGCACGUGGGCAGCUGGAACAGGAUGGGAUGAACCGCUGAACGAGGGCUUAAAUCGUAAAUGGCGCCAAUGGGUGGCGCUCUUCCCAAAGCUCAACGAUCUCAAGAUUCCUCGCUGCUACUUCCAGACAUUUCCGUCCAAUAUCGAGGAUCUACAAAUACAUGCUUUCGUUGACGCGAGCGAUAUCGCAUACUCUUGCGCGGUGUAUUUCCGACUGGUGUAUGAUGGGCAUGUGCAAACAGCGUUGGUAGGUGCUAAAAGCAAGGUUGCUCCUCUGAAGACAUUGUCCACUCCGCGACUUGAGCUGAAGGCCGCGGUCCUCGGAGUACGUUUCGUUGCAACGGUUUUGGAAUAUCACUCGCUCCCUAUAUCAAAACGGUUCUUCUGGAGCGACUCAACUACGACACUAGCAUGGAUCCGGUCCGACCACAGAAGGUUCCACAAAUUUGUCUCGGUACGUGUAGGCGAAAUUUUAUCAUCGAGCGAGCCGCAUGAGUGGAGAUGGGUUCAAUCCAAGCUUAACGUUUCCGACGAUGCAACAAAGUGGAAAGAUGGUCCAAAUCUUGAUUGUCAAAGCGCUUGGUUCAAGGGACCUGGGUUUCUGCGAUUCGAGGAAGAGUCAUGGCCACGACAACAGCCGAUAAAUACGACUCAUGAAGAACUCAAAAGGGUUCAGACGCACUGGGAAUGUCAACCAUUGAUGGAUUUCUCUCGGUUCAGUAAAUGGACGAAGUUACACCGUGCAACAGCAUACAUCGUUCGCUUUAUUGAUAGUCUACGUCGGCUCAACACUGGUCAACGAUUGCAGCGAGCGAUACUCACCAAAGAAGAGAUGGCCCGUGCUGAAGUUCUACUGUGGAAGAUUGCGCAAACCGAAGCCUUUCCUGUUGAACGAAGUAUACUGCUAAAAACAAUGGGUUCCGCGAAUGACAAACACGCUACUGUUUCGAAGUCCAGCACCAUAUACAAAACAUGGCCCUACAUGGAUGAGCAAGGAGUACUGAGAAUGCGAGGGCGCAUCGGAGCUGCGAACUAUCUGCCAUUUCAAACUAGAUACCCGAUAGUCCUUCCCAAACAACAUCCGAUUACAUUUUUGAUUGUUGAUUGGUUUCAUCGCCGGUUCCGCCAUGCCAACCACGAAACCGUAAUCAAUGAACUGCGGCAGCGCUUCGAAAUUGCGAAGUUAAGAUCUCUUGUGCAAAGAGUCUCUAAGAGCUGCUUGUUCUGCCGAGUGAACAAAGCUCUUCCAAAACCACCGGUUAUGGCGCCGCUCCCGUUUGAGAGACUAGAGCCAUUUGUGCGACCCUUUACUUACGUUGGGUUAGACUAUUUUGGGCCAUUGUAUGUAAAAGUAGGCCGAUCUCAAGCAAAACGCUGGAUUGCGCUCUUCACAUGUCUUUCUAUUCGAGCCGUACAUAUGGAGAUUGUGCAUAGCUUGUCUACAGAGUCGUGUGUGAUGGCCAUCAGAAGAUUUGUAUCGCGCAGAGGCUCACCUGCCGUUUUUUAUUCGGACAACGGCACCUGUUUUCAAGGAGCUAGCAAGCAGCUGUCAGAGGAGAUUAGAGCCAGAGACGAUGCAAUAGCAGCUACGUUCACCGAUGCCGAAACGAAGUGGAAGUUUAUCCCGCCGGCUACCCCACACAUGGGCGGCGUAUGGGAGCGUUUAGUCCGGUCGGUGAAAACGGCCCUAGGCUUCGCAUUGGACCAUCCCCGAAAGCCUAAUGACGAAACCUUGGAGACGAUCAUCUACGAAGCAGAAGCGCUAGUAAAUUCAAGACCGCUCACGUACAUUCCGUUGGAGUCGGCAAAUGAGGAGUCACUGACUCCCAAUCAUUUCCUUUUGGGUAGGUCAACGGGCAACAAAAUCGAGUCAGCUGAAGUAGUUGAACAUGCUACACUCCGUAGCAGUUGGAAGUUAGCGCAGUACAUCGUCGGAGAGUUUUGGAAGCGGUGGGUGAGAGAAUACCUGCCAGUAAUAACUCGCCGGUGUAAGUGGUUUAAAGAGACCAAGGAAUUGGUUGUAGGAGACUUGGUACUCGUUGUAAGUGGAUCUGUACGAGCCCAAUGGACAAGAGGACGAGUCGAACAGACUAUCGUAGGUUCCGACGGACGAGUUCGUCAGGCCUUAGUGCGAACAGCGAAUGGUAUUCUGCGGCGACCAGUGAUUAAGCUAGCGGUGUUGGACGUCGAAGUGAAACGUGAACCUACGGAUAUUCAAGAAGACCCAGAAGACCACUUAGGUUCACGGGCGGGGGUAUGUGCCGACAACACCCCUCGAUGCAGUGGCGCCGCCGACGGCCGUGCCCGAAAACCAUCAUGCGUGACAGAAGACCGUUAAAACGUCAAGACAGCCGAAUGAAGGGAAAAGGAAUUUCAUGCAAGUCAUCAUCAUCCUAUGUUUUGAACUCGAUCUGCUGUAGUGUAUGAUACCACUUCAAAUUGUUUUCUUAAACACUUAAACAAUCAUUAGUAUAUUACCGAGUGAAAUUUAAAGUUAGUGAACUAUUAUUGAAUUCGAUUAAUCAUACAAUCACCGGCUAUUGAUACGAUUCUUCCAAGUUCCACAAACGUUCACUAAAUCGUAAGUAAUUCGAUAAAGCAUCAUAGCAUUCGGUUAAUAUUUGGAAGUCAAUAAAAUACUAUUUUUAGCUUGAAGCUUACACGAGAUACCGAAGGAGUUUGCUCUCGAGUUUGGUGAAACGUAACCCCAACCCC